UCUUCUUUCAUAGCCAGUAUAUUUGCGUAACAAGUCACAAAACAUGAACAGUAUUUGAAAUAUUCCUUACGUAUAGGUCUCCCUGAUCAGGGGUUGAUAAGGACCAGGAUCGCUCCUUUACUUUCUCUUUGACUGUGCUCGAUAGAUACUUGUAUCGGUCCGCGGCUUGACAGAAUUCACUGACGUGCCCCUGACAUAGUCGGUUUGAAUGCCUUUCCCGAAUAUUAGCCUUUCUUUUAAACAUCUAAGCGAUCAAUGGUCAAAUAUAUUGCGUGAAGUGUUUUUGUGGAAAUAGUUUUGGUUAUGAAAUAAGGUUUUAACGCGUGCUAAUCGUCAGCGCUGUAAUUUUAGUUCAAGGGGCCGAAGUUAGCCCCUGUAAAGGGUUAAAAUGAUUCGUAAAAAGAGGGUUAGCUUCAGAGAAGACCUUGUUGAAAAUAUUCCUACUUCAUUUCGCCCAGGACUAGAGACUAAUCGAGAACUGUUGGCCUUCCACGGAAUCGUAGAGGGAUCCUUAGUUUGGUUUGAUGGCAAUGUGGGGUAUCUGCUGCCAGGGAAGUUGUUGUCAUUUGUUGGGCAGGAUGUCAAAGUGCAGCACCAAGAAGAUGGGCAGGUUCACACAGUCCGUGGAAAUGCUGUCAUUCCAAGACAGGAGUUGGAUAUACAUGGGAUGGAUGACAUGAUAAAAAUGGAUGACUUGCAUGUUGGAUCAAUUUUGUACAACAUUCGUAAAAGAUACAGACAGGACCAGAUUUAUACAUAUAUUGGCAGUAUAUUAGUGGCAGUAAAUCCUUACAUGCCAUAUGAUGUCUAUGGCCCUGAGACACUACGGAAAUACCAUGGUGCAUCAUUAAGUGCUCUUCCACCACACAUUUAUGCAAUUGGCAAUGCAGCACAUGAGACCAUGUUACGGACUGAACACAAACAAGCUGUUGUCAUCAGUGGAGAGAGUGGUGCUGGAAAAACUGAAUCCACUAGGUUACUUGUUGAGUUUUUGGCAGCUAUCAAUCGAACAAAUGUCAAUGUAGUAACAAAACAGAUUGUAGAAGCAACUCCUCUACUCGAAUCAUUUGGAAAUGCCAAGACAGUGGUGAAUGACAAUUCUAGUAGAUUUGGAAAAUACUUGGAGGUUUUUUAUGAUAGUGAGGGUAAAAUUGCUGGUGGACGAGUGUCUGAAUAUUUGCUUGAAAGAUCCAGGAUUGUUGGACAGGCCAUUGGAGAGAGGAAUUACCACAUAUUUUAUGAGGCCCUUUGUGGAUUAUCUGAGCAGCAGAAGCAGAAAUUGAGUCUCACAAGUGCUGUAGACUUCUUUUACCUUAACCAGGGUAAUGCAAGUGUUAUACCAGACAGAAGAGAAGAAUCCCACUUUCAAAAUGUCGUCAGAGCCAUGGAUAUCCUUGGAAUAUCUGAAAAUGAGAAAGAGGGGAUAUUUGAAGUUCUGGCAAUCAUUUUACACUUAGGAAAUGUGGACUUUGGAAAGACAGAGGCUGGCGGCCAGGAAGCAGCAGUUAUUAUGAGUCAAAGUGAAGUUGCCAUUGUUUCUCAGUUACUUGGGCUUGAUACUCAAAAUCUGGUUGUAUGUUUGACCCAGAAAGAAACAACAGCGGGAAACUCUAAAGUCAAGAGUCCCAGGUCCGCAGAUCAAGCUUUAGAUGCACGGGAUGCACUUGCAAAGGAAAUAUAUACACAACUGUUUGGUUGGCUGAUCAGCAAAGUGAAUAACAUCAUAUUCAAAGGCAAGAUGCAGAUGUCUAUUGCUGUGCUUGAUAUCUUUGGCUUUGAGGAUUUUGAAAAGAACAGCUUUGAGCAGUUGUGUAUCAAUUUUGCAAAUGAAACUCUGCAGUUUUUCUUCAACCAGUUUGUCUUCAGGAUGGAACAGGAUGAGUAUGCCAGUGAACACAUCCGCUGGACAGACAUUCCAUUUUUUGAUAAUCAGCCAAGACUUGACCUAUUAGCCAAGCCUCCUUUUGGAUUGAUACAUGUUCUAGCUGAUGCUACAAGCUUUCCUAAGGCAGAUGACUUGUCGUUUUUGGAGAAGUGCCAUCAUCACCAUGGGCAGAACAAAUUUUAUGAAAAACCCAAAACUCCAAAACCAGAAUUUUCAGUUUGUCACUAUGCUGGUACAGUCUCAUAUCAGGUGGCUGGGUUUCUGGAAAAGAACAGGGAUGGUCUCAAACCUGAUCUUGAAGAUCUUAUUUCAAGCUGUCACAACAAAUUCAUUCAAGAGCUAUUUCCAGAACUUCAAAGUGAGGAAUUUUCAAUAAAAGGAUUAAAACUUCCCUCUCAACCAAAGAACUCGUUAAGACUGCCAUUGGGUCAGAAAAAGAGACCAACAGUUUGUGGCAAAUUUAAUGACUCCCUGAUUAAACUGGUGGUUGCCAUGAAGAGUUGUAACCCGUUCUUUGUGAGGUGUAUUAAGCCAAACAGUACAAAGGAACCAGGAAAAUUUGAAAUUCCUCUUGUUGUUGAGCAACUAAGAUAUUGUGGGAUUGUGGAAACUGUCAAGAUCCGAAAAGCUGGCUAUCCUAUCAGAUAUGGAUAUGCAGAUUUUAUUAAAAGGUAUCAGUGUAUAUCCUCCCAUGUUGAUCUGAGUAGUCCAAAUCAAAAAGAAAAUGUGUCCCAACUUCUGAAACUUCUAGACAAGAUUGAACCUGAGAGCUUCCAGUUUGGAAAAACAAAGGUUUUUCUCAAAGAGGAUCUUCAUGGAGCUCUAGAAGAGGCCAGAAUGGCUAAGCUCAACCGCAUGGCCAUCGUCAUUCAAGCACGAAUGCGUGGAUAUUACCUCAAUAACAGAUACCUUAAAAUGAAGAAGGCUGCAAUUGUUAUUCAAAGUAACACACGUCGCAUUUUAGAAAGAAAUAAAUAUUUAAAGGCAAGAAAAGGAUUCAUCCUUCUCCAGGCAAUUUAUAGGAUGCAGAGACAUAGACGAGCUUUCUUGAAGCAGCAGAAUGAGAGACGCCAGAAAGAGAAGGCAAGAGACAAGCAGCAUUUUCUCAGACAAGCGCCGCGCACUCAGUCAGCCCCUCCAGACUCCCCGGCACCUCCAGCUGCAGUAGCUCCCCAAACUGUGGAAACGGUGGAUACAAAACAUGUUCCAGAAGUGGUGGAAAUUGAGAAACAAAUCGCAACAGACGUCACUCAUCUUGAGAUUCCAGCAGAUUUGGCACUGGUUUUUGCCAGUAUCCAAGGCUGGACCUUGACCCAUGGAUCGUUAGUUCAUGAAAAUAGAGGAGGCAUAAUUAAACACGAUUAUGCAACGUCAACGUUACCAGAAAAUAUCAACGACUUUCUCUUCUCAAAGUUUGCUCAAGAGAACUUCCAGAGUGAACAUCAAUGGCGAAUGGUAAGGUCCCCCCUAAGAACCAGCUUGUUGCCUGUCAAGUAUUCCGACAGUGUCAUGGCCAUAGGACUCUUUCAGCUGGUCAUGCGAUUCAUGGACGAUAAAUCUAUAACAGAUACAAAGGAAUUUGCUGUUGGAAACUACCUUGUACAAAUGGGCAUUUUUAAACCUGAACUUCGCGAAGAGAUGUACUGCCAUCUUUGCAACCAGACUUGGGGGAACACUUCUGAUACGAGCAACGAACGAGGCUGGCUUCUCCUUGCAUUGUUCCUCUGCUGUUUUGCACCGUCCACCAGACUCUACAAGCCUUUACUCAAGUACAUUUCGGAUCAAGCUUUCAACGGCUAUAAAAGUUAUUGUCAGCAUAAAUUGUUGUGUUGGGAUAUGAAUGGGUCUCCUGUGGCACGAUCACAUCCGCCUUCCAUGUUGGAGUGGCAAGCGGCAAAGAUGAGAGUCAACAUGGCUGCCGAGUGUCAUUUUCCUGACGGAGAGAGAAGGACGGCAGAAGUUGAAUCUUGCACAACUGGAGAAGACCUGGCGAAAUUGAUACUACAAGACAGAGGUAUUGAAGAUGCGAAGGGUUGGACUGUUGAUUUGGAGACAAGUAACUGGCAUUGUACUCUGGCUGGCAAGGAUUAUAUUUUUGAUCUUGUUUCCGAACUGGAAUACCCACCAGCCUUUCCUCUGUCUCGAUCCUCAUCUCUUCUUACUGUUAAACCAGGCAGCAAUAUUCCUCCAGGUCAGCUGGAGACAUUAUCCAACCUUCACAUGCCGCAAGCUCGUGGAAAAAGCGUCGCAGAAAUUGCCCACAAAUUCACGGUUGUGGAGCAGCAGCCACCUUCAGCGCCGGUACACAUACAACGAGAAGAUGCGUUGAGUGCAGCUACAUCAGCAAGGAUUGCAAGUGCUAAUUACCAAGGACCGGUAGAAGACAAUCUUGUACAAAGGACGAGAUUGGGAAGCAGCUCUCCUCGUGUCGAAUCAGCCCCAUCUCCUCCCCUUCCAAAUGCGUUCGUACCACCACCCCCUCCACCCCCACCCGCAUUUGUGCCACCACCACCACCCCCACCACCACCGGUUGCUCCACCGACCGGGCAGGUGGUUCUUAGACGUAAGGUAACGAAAAAGGAUAGCAAAGACAAGAAGAAAAGGGAAAGUGGUCUGUCUAUGGCUGAAGUUAUGGCAAAGGCGAAGAAAAUGCGUGAGGCUCGUGAACGUGUGUUGUCAACAGGAAGCAGUACAUCAGCCUCCAAAGAAAUCAGUGAAGAUCCUUUUGAAUCUGCAAUGCAAGCCCGGGCGGUGCAACUUAAGUGCAGAAAGCCGGAGAUGCAGCCAGCUCCUCGCCAAGAGGAAGACAGUGAACUGAUGAGAGAGAUGAAACGGAAGGCACAGAGAGCUAGUCGGGCUUUUGUAGAAACCGAGAAAGGGCCACUUCCGUCAUCCGACGACAAUGUCUUUGUCCUUGACAUAAAUGGUGGAAGGCCCACAACGGACAAUGUUUCUAUUUCUAGCAGGGAGGGAGGUGACAAUGACUCAGUGCAUUCGCUGGAAACUGGAGUUCGAUUGGAGUCGCCUAAACAGGUGAAAGACUUUGUAGACAGUUUAUUUGACCCUGUGCUCUCACAAGGAGUAGAGGGUUUAUCAAAUGAGACGGCAUUACAAGGAGCUAUGAAAGGCGGCGGAGGUGUGAACCAGCCAAACAACACUGCAACAGCUAAUGGUGGUACAUCAUCAGGAUCAACAGCACCUGCUGUGAAUGGACAGGCUCACAGUCAAGGGAAUGGAUUUAGUGUACAUCCAACCGCUCAGGCUCCAGGAAAUGGUUACCCAGGAAUGAUGCAAACAAAUGGUUUCCCAGGAAUGAUGGGUAUGCCUACCAUGUACUACGGAAUACCACAAGCAAAUGGCCCCUUGGGUAUGCCACAGGCCAACGGGUCCCUGGCUAUGCCUCAAGCGAAUGGCCCCGUGGGUAUGCCACAGGCCAAUGGGUCCCUGGCUAUGCCUCAGGCGAAUGUGCCACUCUUGGUUCCCCAAGCGAGCGGCGGGCCUGUGUUGGGUGGUCCAUUAUUCCAACCCAACAUGGAAACGGCAAUGCUGGCAGCUCAGCAGCAAGUUCUUAUUGAGCGCCUGAUCGCGCAGCAAGCACUCUUGCAACAACAGCAAACGGUAGCCUCUCAGAAGCAGCAGGAGCAGCUUAUGAUGCUCGCCAAACAGCAGCAGUCUCAGUUGGAGCAGAUGCAGUCCUUUCUUGCUGCUUCAAAUCAGCCUACACAUCAGCAGUUAGAGGAACAAACAGUCGACGGCCCUGCACCUCCUUCCGUUGGCGCUGCUACAAAUGGCUAUGCAGCGAGCCACAUGGAUGGGACCGUGGCUGAUGUCCCUUUACCUCCGCCUGAAUUUUCGGACGUUGGGCACUUGUUGCCUCCUCCAGCGUACGCCGUUCCUUCACCUCAGGUGCCCGUCCCAGCACGUACGUCAUCGCUUCCUCCACCACCACCACUAUCCACUCGUGAGGAACGAUCCUCGUCUUCUGAGGAGUUUCCAGCGCCACCUCCAGCCAUUUCUGAAAGCACAGUUGAGAAUCUUGACUCCCCGGAGAGACCGGGGCUUAAGAGGCGAAGCACUGAUAAGGUAGCACUGGCUAUAGCUGCCUUAGAGGGGAAGUCUGGAGGGGAAGAGCUCCGCUCUCCUGGACCGGCGUCUCCUGUCAAACACGGGGAGAGUUUUACUUUUUCCAGCGAAUCCUCCCCCCGAAGGGAGAGUGCUGCCAAAGAAAGACCAGACUUUCACAAACGAGCUUCUUCGUCGCUAAAUUUUGUUGUAUUGUCCGACAGAAACAACGUUACGGCUCUACAUCCAAGGUGUACUGGACCGUAUCUUUCAUAUAGUCAUGUCAAGUGGAAAUUCAACAUUCGCAAAGAGGUUUUCACGGCAGACGAGAAGUUGGACAAUAAUCUCAAGCAGCGGCUGAUAUUUCUACAGAUACUUCGCGAUUCGUACUCAAAUUGCUGCUGUAAAAUGUCACAAGAGGAUUGCAAACGGAUGCAGCUUUUAUUACAAAAAUAUGGCAUCACACCGGAGAGGCCUCACUCAAGUGCUCCAGUGGAGGACAUCAUUAUCGAGGCUGCCAGACAGCUGCCCCUCUAUUUCAGCCGGUUCUUUGUCGUUAAGGGUCAGAAUGAAUUGCCGGAUGUGCAUUACUUAGCUGUGUCUGAACACGGUGUCAAAUUGGUAAAAAGAGAGAAAAUAACUGAUGAACUGGAAGUCAUGAGAAACAUCCCGUACACGGAGUUGGUCAAGCUAAAGGUCCUUAAGGAUAAACUGACCUUGACGCUCACAAAGGAAGUUAAAGUCGUUGUCCAUACAGAAAGGGCGGCAGAGGCAAAGCACAUUAUUGACACAUACCUCAGACAUUUGGAAAAGGAAGUGCAGUAUGUCCGUGCGCUUUAUGAUCACGUGAGCCCCGAGCCUGCUCUUCUCAACUUCAAGAAGGGUGACGUCAUAAAGAUUGUGCGUAAAGAUGAUUUGGAGGAGGGUUGGGUCUAUGGUGUGUUCAACAACCAAGCCGGCUAUUUUCCUGCCGAUUUCGUCACACACAUUCAAGAGGACCCUCAGGCAGUAGCGUCAGCUCGCCCCGCCACCAUGGUGAAGGCGGCUUCCAUGGGAAGUUUACUGAAUGUAGAUCCUGACGGGCCAAUGACUGGAGAGAUGCGUCCAAGGACUGGUAGUGUCAAAUCUACCAAGUCUGACAAGUCAGAAUAUAACUCCGAUAAACAUUCCAUGAUGGAGUUUGCCAUGCAAUACUUCAGACAUGGAAGAGAGGCUGUUGUGCGAGCAGAGGAUGGAACUAUCCGAGGUACAAUCAAGGUGCGAGGAACGCUGGGAAAAUCAUCCAAAGCAAGUCAUAAGAAAGACAAGGAGGAGUGGUCGUGGAGUGGUCUCGCUGAACUUGUCAAAUACAGCAGAGUGCCCAUCCAAGCAUCCCUUAUACAACGAGAAUCCCCGCAGAUAAUAAAUAAAUUAGCCGUGGAAACUUUCCAAACGAUUAUGAAAUUCAUGGGAGAUUUACCUUUGUCCAAACAUCAAAAGGAAACCGAGCUUGUGUUUAACUUGCUUAAAACCUGUCGUGAAAUUCCUGCAUUAAGAGACGAAGUUUAUUGUCAGCUGAUCAAGCAAGUCACCAGUAACAAGAGUCCCAAAGCGGAAAGUGCAAGUCGAGGGUGGCGGCUAAUGAUUAUUAUCACAGCUUACAUUGAGUGUUCAGAUGUUUUCAAGCCUUUCCUGGUUACGUUCUUACAGAGUACUGCUAGUGAUCCUAAGAGAGAGUUCCACGGUGCUGCAGCUACUUGCGAGAUGAACCUGAUGAAGACGUUUAAGUAUGGUGGACGAAAGAGUCCCCCCAGCAAGGAGGAAUUGAAUCAGCUUGUGCAAGGGCGGCAAACCAAGCGUCAGGUUUUCAUUAUUCCUGGAGGAACGCGAAUGCUGAAAGUCCAAACCAGUUCAACUGGUUUUGACGUCAUCAAGGAGAUGUGCGUUGACAUGGAUUUAACAUCAGAGGUCCACUACAAGGAGUAUGGACUGUUCAGCUACAUAGAAGGACAGAACUUGAUGCUGCCGGUCCAAACUACAGAUUACAUAAUGGAUGUAGUCAGUUCCAUGGAGAGACAAGGGAUCGCUUACAGUUUGUGCUUCCGCCGUGUUUUAUGGCUACAAGGCCUGAGACUGGAUAAUGAGCUGCUGGUUAGCAUCAUCUACCAUCAGGUAUUGCCAGACUACAUGGCGGGUUAUCUGAUAGGAACACACAGUCGAUCCUUUGGCGAUGCACAGUUUCAGAAUCUUAUUGCUGAACUUGGAGCGCUUCAGUAUCGAGCCCGUGAUAAAUCAAUCCUUCAUUCAAACCAUUCAGAAGUACAGACUCUAAUACCAAGGGGAAUGUUAGAGAGACUACGGCCUCAACAGUGGAUAAUUCUUAUACAAGAUCACUUCAGGAGCUGUCACAAAAUGACCCCUUAUCAAGCUCGCCGGAAAUUCCUUGAAACUGUCACUAGGUGGCCAUAUUUUGGAUCAACUUUCUUUGAAGUUAAGAAAUGCAGCAAUCCAGCUGUUUCCGGUGAUUGUAUCGUGGCAGUCAAUAGAACCGGAGUUCAUUUCUUGAGUCAAAAUACGAUGCAAACGAUGCUGAGCGAGCCAUUUGUUAGUAUUAUCUCCACGCGGCUUUUAAUCUCGGACAAAAAGAGACAGUUCUUGGAUCUUAAAAUUGGAAAUACUAUGAUGCAGAAAGUCACCCGCAUGGAAACAACUCAGGCUAAAGAAAUUUCCAAUCUUAUCUACAAGUACGUGGCCCUACAUUCCUCGGUGAAACAAGAAGGCCAAGGUCAAGGCCAAUGAUUAUAUGGAAUGAUGAAAUCUUAACUUGAAUACCUCAAGUUACCGAUGAAGUUAAAUGGUUACCUCUUAAGAUCCUUAGACAUUCAUCGCUUAGAGGUGAUCAAGGAGAAACUCUUCUCCCCUCAUGAAUAUUCCUACGUUCCCAUUUACGUUUUUUAGAUCACCCCAGAACGAUCUAGAAAUAUCAGAUCCUGUGACGGACUUUUUUAGGUGAGCAUAGCAUGGCGUGACUAUUCUCUCUCUGUCAGAGCAUAUACAGAGAAACGCAUCCCAUGCGCUAAAUCAUUUCUCUCCCGGAGAGACUAAUUCAACAGUAACAAUAGCUGGAGAGAUGUGAAUUUUGGAAUAAGCCCAGUAGGCAGGCUCCAUCUCUUUGCUUGAUCAUCUCUGUUCAAGGCUGAAACUUUGCAUUGCAAAUUAUUUACAAGAUGAAUUUAUGUACUACAGCAGUUUACAUAUACCUACCAUUCGUGUAAUUUUUUAAGGAAAAAAAUUGACCAAUAAGAAUUGUUCUGAUGUGGACAAAAUUACAGAAUUUUUGUACCAUUAAAAUUUUGAAUAAAUUUAAUUAGGUGAAAUUAAGAAACAAACUCCCUGAUAUAUCUUUCUGUGAAGUUAAAUGUGUAUAUAUGUUCUCAGUAUAGUGUCUAUAAGUGUAUGGGCAGCUGAAACAUGAAGAUGUAUCAAUAACAAGAAUAAUUUUUUUUAUGAGAUGAAUUCGAUUCGCACAAUGUAUUUCCAAUGAGGUUUUUGAUGAAGUGCGUUUGUAAUGGUUUAAUGUGAAUAAGUUUGUCAACGAGGGUGAAAUUUUAGCUCUUCUUUUGCAUUUUACUGGGUAACAUUUUUGUAAUGUUAAGUUUGUUAUUUUUUUCUAUUUGACGUUUAUUUUGUUUUCAUUUAUCGAUGAUGGACUAGGACUUUGAACGUGGCCUAGUUAACUAAACGUAGCGGAGUGAGGAAUGUAUUGUAUAGAUUAGAGGCUGUCUUCUCUAUUUUUCAAAUUGAGAAUCUGUCCAGUAGUGUGACGUCGUUCAUUAGUAAUAACAGUAAACUUUGUAUCGUAGGCUCUAAUGUUCAGAACCAUAGACUAGUGCUAGCUUGGGCGAGGUUGCGAAGUUCACGAGCAAACUAAGUCACCAAGUUUUUCGGGAAAAUGAGGCUGCUAUAUUUACACAAGGAACAGUCACAUAUUGUAUCGAAUAUUUUUUUACAUUAAUUUGCGAGAUAUUCAGACUGUCUCCUAAAACUAAAAUAAAAAAAUAAUAUUCAUCUCACAAACCUUAUAGUUUGUUGACAAAUCAAUAUGUAUAUUAAUGGUACUUUGCAAAACAGUUCUUCAACUUCUCGCGAGUACCACUAUAUAAAUCUUAACCUUAUCAAUAUAAAUGCAACUCAAAAAUGUAGUUGUGAAAUUACCUCGAAUACAGAAGCCCCAAGGGUGAAAUUGUGUUAUUCAGCGAUUUGUAGUGAGUUUUUGGGUGAGAAGUAAAUUAUUGUAUUCAUCUACUCAUUUUGAAAUGAUGUGGCAAUUUGUGUUGAAAUACUUUUCUAUAUAUGGUCAGCAAUAAUCAAUUAAUGUAAUGAGCAGUAAUUUAUAAUUUACAGUAGGUUAGAUUGGUAUUAUUAAAAUGUAAUUCAGGCAAAUGUUAGAUAAGAAAACAAACCUACAGUGGAAAUUUUUUGUGUCAGGUGUAGUUUAUUUUUAUAAUCACUUCAAUAAUUUUGUUUACAGUUUGAAUUGCACGACUUCGCCGACAAUCGCACGUUUCUCUUCAAAUGUUUUACAGGAAUCAUAUAGUUCGUACGUAACAGCGCAUUGAUUAAAAUGAACAUUUCGUUAC